GGACUGGAGAGAGCUGCAGAGUUUAAUGCUGACCAGCUGCCCAGUUUGAGCUGAAGAGAUUAAAACAUGAAGACUCCUGGUGUGCUGCUGCUGCUGUGGUCUGCGCUGGUUGUGGUUGCAGCAGAGCGUGGAGGCCUCCAUGUUGAGGCUACAGAUGCAGCUGCAGCCUCCACCCAGCAGAGCUACCUGUCCGAGUUCCGCGCUGCGCAGAGACAGAUGAUCGCUCAGAUGGCGGAGCAGAGAGAAGAGCUUCGACUGGCCAAAGCCCAAAUUGAGGAACUGAAGAGUGGAGCAGUCAGGCCCUCUAACGUGGCCUUUUCCACCUCCUUCUCUGUGAAGACUGACAAACACAUCGGACCCUUGAAGACGGACACCACCCUGCUAUUCGACUGUGUCUUCACCAACGUCGGCGAUGCCUACGACAAAACCAAUGGCCUGUUCACUGCUCCGCGCAAUGGCGUCUACAUGUUCAACUACCACAUCUUUGCCGGAGGCGACCACGGAGCUGGAGCCAAGCUCUUGAAGAACAAGGAUCAGGUGGUGGCCGCCUACAACCACGUGGCCCCUCACGACAUCAACACGUCCCAGAGCGUGAUCCUGCAGCUGCAGGAGGGCGACACGGUGUCCUUGCUCCUGGAGGCUGGCUGGUGGGUCGCGGCCUACACCGGACAUCUCACCACCUUCAGUGGACAUCUCCUCUUCGCCUGAGGAACGAUAGUCAACUAUCUAUCUCUUUGUCUAUCGAUCUAUCUAUUUCUCUGCUUCUCAUGUGAUUUGGCAAUUUGCUCAUCUGUGCCAGCGGUGCUGAUUCGUCUGCAUACGCAGAUGGUUUCACUAUGUUGUGUUCAGAUCCAAAUAAAAUGACCAAAUGGC